AUGGCGUCGAAGGCGCUGCAGAUCCCCGAGUUGGUCCAUCAGAUCCUCUCACACGUGGACGACAAGAAAUCCCUUUCGGCCGCGAUUCGCGUCAACUCCACCUUCUUCAACAUGGGCCUGGCUUUCCUCUGGAAGGCGGUGCCCACCAAAGCCUUGCUGCAUGUCCAGCCAGACCGCCGCCACAUAUACGCAGCGAACCUCCGCGUCAUCCGUACCGGACCUCGGGAUGAAGGUGUCAUCGCCGAAUUGAAUCAGAUCUCCUUUCCCAAGCUGAAGGAGGUUCACAUUGCUCUCCCCGACAUUGCCAUCGAGACCAUCCAGUCCUUCCAGAACCUCCUCCCCCCCACGCUGACGGCGUUUGUCUUCAAGGGUAAAUCCAUUUCACUGGAGGUGUGGGAACACCUGGCUAUCAACUGCCCCCUUCUGAAGCUUCUCGUCGUUGAUUCUGAAACCCCAGGAAUCGAAGCAACUGACCUCCUGCGUCUUCUGCGCCAGUGUCAGUCCAUGGAGGGCCUCGUUCUCGACGGAGGCAUGGCCAAGGCACUGGACCGAGACCUCCUGCUGUACCUGGCCCGCUCCAUGACAAAGGCUGUGCGGCUCACUCCUCCCGACUGGUUGCACGGUGAUGAUGAGCUCACCCGUCGUUACGUCGUGCUCCACGGCAACGAACCGAACGCCGAAGACCAGAGUGUGAUGGUUUAUUAUGUGAACAAGUGUGCGGCUUUGGAAAUGGCUAAGCGCGCUGCCCUUGCUAUGAGCCGCACUUAA